GACCAUUUUUCAUUAUACUCUCCCUUGUUUAAUUUACCUUAAAAUUACUACUACCAAAUUUAAAAAAAAACACGGCAAUGCUCGAUUGUUUUAUGAUUCAUUUUGCGCAUUGCACUACCUUUCUCCCUUAUUUUUUGAGUGUUUUUUUCAUUUUUUGACAACCACUUCUUCUUUACGUCCUUCCCCCAUACCCUCCCCAUUGAAUUUUGCAUUCAUUCACUACUUAUAAAUUUCCCUUUUCUUUCAAUUGACUAGAUACACACACUGCCAGCGUAUAUAUUUUAUCGUCAUUUCGUUCAUUAUUUUACCCCCCCCCCUCUUUUUAUUUUUAAUUCAUACGCAUUUAUCUCCGUUUUUGUGUUGUUGUUGUUCAUUGUCCGUACUGCCACAACCACUACUUGUUGUAUAUUCGCUCCCAGACAAUGGUCGUAAUCGCCUCAAUCAGCGGCAACAAUUUUAUCGGAGAUGACGGCAAUAGUGGAAGUUGUUAUAGGGCAUCAACUGGUGGUGGUAGUGCAAGUUCUGAAGCGCCAGACUUUUUGACUGACGGCAAUGAACAAAUGGGAAUUGACUGUUAUGGAAUGGACAGAGAUGUGUUAAACGACUUCGCAAAGUAUUACAAUAAUGCUCAUCUGAGUGAUCUAACAUUGGUUGUUGGGGAGGAAAUUUAUCCCGCACAUCGGCUUAUUCUCUGCAGAAGCAGCGAAGUUUUUGACAGAAUGCUCAGCCAGAAAUGGCAUGGCGAAAAACGGGAAAUUGAAUUGACAGAAGAACCUCAAUGUCAAGCUGUUUUUGGCCAAUUUUUGCGUUUUCAAUAUUGCAACCAUGUUGUUUUAAAUUCAGAAAAUGCCUUGCCUAUUUUAAUAUUGGCUGAUAAAUAUAAUGUUACGUGUCUUAAAAAAGUAACUAAAUUUAUAAAAGAUUAUAUAAGCAUUUUCCCAAAGAUUUGUAUUGAAUUCGCCAUUAAAUAUGUAUUACCUGAUAUGAAGUUGAAAGAACUUUUCCAUUUUUGGUUUAAUUAUUCAACAAAAGCUUUUCACCAGUCAUUGAUCAAAGUUUGUAUUGAAAUUCUUGCCAAAGAGUUCAAGCAGUUAAUGACCAGUGCUGAAUGGGAAAGGGAGUGGCUGGAUUUGGACAGGGACCAGCUUGUUGAGUUUUUGAGAUCAAACGAACUUGUUGUUCCAAAUGAAUAUUUUGUUUGGGAGAGCGUUCUUAAAUGGUUGAACGCGCCAGCACAUCCAGAGAGAAGAGGUAACACAUGUGCGCCCUUGCUUGCCCAAAUCUUGCCCUAUAUUAGGUUUCCAUUUAUGACAGCUGAACAGCUAUACGCAAUAGAAGUUGAAGAACCAUUAAUUGUCAAGCUGCACGAAAAGCUUUUUAGGCCUUAUACACAUCUUGCCUUCAAGUUUAUUUCACUUCCACUUGCCAGUCGAGUUAAAUUAAUAAAUACUUCCAACGAUACAAACGGCACACAAUUUCUGCUUAGAAAUUAUACCGAUAUUCAAUGGGAUAAGAAAAUGUAUAUAACAUCAGAACAGCUUCGCCUAAAAAACCACGACCAUACUUUUAAAGUAAACUAUAAUUGUUUUCUAAACCUUAAUUUCCUUCAGAUUUUCACCAAGUCAUCUUCUUUAACUCUGCCUAGAUGGGAAUGGAAAUUAGACUUUCAAAUUGUACAAAAUUUGUCAUGUGUUAACGACGAGCUUCGAGUUACCCUUACCGCCGUGGAUGUUGAUCACACUGGCCGAUCUGUCGAAUAUAUGUUAAUGAUUUGUAGUGAAAGAAAAGUUUUAAGAACAAUUACUGACAAAAAAUUCUUCUCAAAAUCGAGAUAUAGCCAAGAACUUGAUAUUCGUGGCAAACUUGAAGCUAACGAACUGCUUGAUACCAACUCAGCUUUGUUACGCAAUGAUAAAGCCCUUCAACUUCAACUACUUCUUCGACCUAUCAUUUAAAGAAUUUUUCUGUUCAAAAACUUGUCGCAUAACUACC